AACAACCCCGUCAUGGUGUUUAUUCACGUUCGAGCAAAACAAACUUAAAACUAUUAUCCAAAAAUAAAAACCAAAAUUUUAAAUUAAAUAAUUUAAAAAAUAAAAUAAAAUUGAAAUGGAAUGAAAAUUCAAGGCGACUCUGUCUCUGGAGAAGAACUGUAUUGUAUUGCUGUACCCUGCUCCAUUAUAUUCUAUCUAAAAUUCUAGACGAACCCCAUUACCAUUUUCAACUCUCAAACUCUUUUUCCUCUCUGUCGCCCUGAAAUCUGACGCUCUCUGUUUCAAUGGCUUUACUUUCAGAUCCUUAUCUAUCCUCCUUCUACUUACAGCCAUGACCCACUCUUUCUUUCUUCUUUUUGUUAAAUAAAAAUUCCAUCUUUUUUUUUUUUUUUUUCCUUUUUUUCUCUGUCUGAGUUGCUGAAGAGAGCGAGCCAUGGCGGGUCGUAGAGAUGGGCCUUUGAUGAGGAACAACGAACAGUCUUUUUGCAAAUCCAAGAUCACAAUCGCCAUAGCCAUCGGAGUCUUUUUCGGCUGCGUCUUUGCCUUCUUAUUCCCCAAUGGGUUAUUCUUCGUUUCUAACUCUGCUCCAAUUCUCAGUCAUCGCCUUGCCAAUUCUAUUACUCAGGUUGGUUCAACCCAGUGUGAGUCAUCCGAAAGGAUUAACAUGUUGAAAUCAGAGUUCAUAGCAGCUUCUGAGAAGAACACCGAGUUGAAAAAACAGAUAAGGGAAUUGACUGAAAAGCUUCAGUUGGCUGAGCAAGGGAAAGACCAUGCACAGAAGCAGGUUCUCGUUUUGGGUGAUCAGAAGAAAGCUGGACCUUUUGGUACUGUAAAGGGCUUGCGAACCAACCCUACUGUUGUUCCUGAUGAAUCUGUGAACCCAAGAUUGGCAAAGAUUUUGGAAAAGGUUGCUGUCCAGAGAGAGCUUAUAGUUGCACUGGCAAACUCUAAUGUAAAGGAGAUGUUGGAAGUUUGGUUUACUAAUAUUAAGAGAGUGGGUAUACCCAAUUUUCUGGUUGUUGCUUUGGAUGAAGAUAUUGCAAAGUUUUGUGAAUCGAAUAAUGUAACAGUGUAUAAGAGAGACCCAGAUGAAGGUGUUGAUUCAAUUGCAAGAACCGGAGGAAACCAUGCUGUCUCAGGGUUGAAAUUCCGCAUUUUAAGAGAGUUUUUGCAGCUGGGGUAUAGUGUUCUUCUUUCAGAUGUUGAUAUUGUCUAUUUGCAAAACCCAUUCAAUCAUCUUUAUCGUGACUCAGAUGUAGAGUCCAUGACUGAUGGUCAUGAUAACAGAACUGCUUAUGGCUUUAAUGAUGUCUUUGAUGAACCUGCAAUGGGAUGGGCUCGAUAUGCUCAUACAAUGAGGAUGUGGGUUUAUAACUCUGGUUUUUUCUAUAUCAGACCAACAAUUCCGUCAAUUGAACUUUUGGAUCGUGUGGCUGGUCGGCUAUCUAGGGAGUCAAACUCUUGGGACCAGGCAGUUUUCAAUGAGGAACUGUUUUUCCCUUCACAUCCUGGGUAUGCUGGUCUACAUGCUGCCCGGAGAACUAUGGAUUUCUAUCUCUUCAUGAAUAGCAAGGUUCUCUUCAAAACUGUUAGAAAUGAUGCCACUCUGAGCAAGUUGAAGCCAGUAAUUGUUCAUGUAAAUUACCAUCCUGAUAAGUUUGCACGAAUGAAAGCAAUUGUGGAAUUUUAUGUUAAUGGGAAGCGAGAUGCAUUGAAACCUUUCCCUGAUGGUUCAGAGUGAUAAAACUUCUUUCUGAUUUUGACAAGUGCACGUGGCAUGCAGUGUAAAUGUUCCAAAGCAAACAUGUAGGUUAGAAAGACGUGUUCCUUUCCUUUUUGAAUGCUGGAAUAUUCUAGAAGUAUUGUUCUCUAUCACAUAAAAUUUCAUGCUAUUUUUGUGUAUUAAUACUUUACAAUCCUAUAAUCCUGUCAGAAAAUGGUGAUGGAUUUCCUAUUUGCACUCUUGCAUGAAGCCACUUGAUGUAUUUUACUUGAACUAUUUAAUAAUACACAGCAGAGAUUUCGUCUU